AUGAAGAUUGGCGCUCUAGCGAUAGUCAUUAGUUUGGCAAUCCAAGCUGCUCUUACAUGAGAUCCAGGUUUCUUCCAAGAUGGAAGCAAAUGCACGAUGUGCCACAGUUCCUGCAAAGAAUGAAGCAAUGCUACAGAAUGCACUCAAUGAGAAGAGUCAAUGGUGAAGAAUUCAAUAUCAGGCCUUUGAGAGUAUUGUCCUGAUGGAGAAUUCUAUGAUUAUACCUUAAGCCAGUGUACUAGCUGAGGUACCUCUUGUAUUGGGCUUUGUGCUUACCAGCAGAAAUGCUUCACUUGCAGUCCAUCUGAGUUCUUAGACUUAGAUACUCUGGUUUGCAAAAGCUCUUGAGACCCGGGAAAAAUUACUAUAUCUGAUUCAAAUCAGUUCGCUCUUGAAAACUUUUGAAGAAAUUUCAAUUUUUACAUAAACCCUGAAAGCCAGGAGAUCAUGGAAUUGGGGACUAAGACUUAUCCUUACAGGACUGCAAAGCCUGUGUUUGCUGAAAUUUUGAAACAGCAUUCACACAAAGAUUAUAACAUAAGUAUUUAUAUUAUGGAAAACACCAAUACUUUUAUUGAAGACUCCACAAGUUAUAUUAUCAAUAUUACAAAAGUGUUUAUAUCAAGCUACAAUGAUGCUGACACUUCUCAAGGGAUGGCUACCAUUACUACCACAGAUUCCUCGGUAAAUGAGAUCAGCCAAAAGGCUGCCUUCCAUCUUAUGAAAAAUGCUACAUUGGAUAUUGUGAGUGUCUUAUCUGGUGGAAAUUUUACAGACUACGAGCUUGACACUGCAGGAAGAACUGGCGAUGGGUUCCAUAUCAUUAGAAGUUCAUUUGAAAUGACCCAUAUCAUUGCUAGGAGAGUUGCUAAGUCUUGGACUGAAGGAUAUUUUAUAUAUCUCUUAUAUCUUCAGAAUCGUGAUUUCACACUGCGUGAUAUGGAGUUUUAUGUGACAGGACACAUUGUGAAUACCAGAGACCCUGCUAACAUCUACAUAGAGAACCUCUACGUAGAUACUUGGAAUGUAGCAUCAGGGUUCAUGUUUUUCCCAUGGUGAAAUUAUCCAGAGGCUCACAUCACCCCUUCUUUUUAUGCGAACAAUUUCACAGCAUUUGUAUCAAGUGAUGAACUCACUAGCUUCAGACCAAAUGUAUUUUAUUAUGCAGGGCCUGGAAAUGUGACUUGCACUAACUUUAACAUCUCUGAUGUUUAUGGGCUAACUGCAAACCCUUUAGGUACAUUUUUGGUCUUUCCUGAUGUGUAUUGAGACCCGAAGGACGACCUCAUCAAAACUAUUGAUGUCGAUACAGUCUACAUGUCUCUUCCUGGCAACGAACAAAAGGCCAACAUCAACUUGAUUGGUGUGGUUAUAGCAACGGUCAAUGGUAGAAAGGCCGAGAUAAACUUGAGAAAUGUCAUAUUGGAAAAUGCUUAUAGGGCUCAGCUGAGUUACUUCUUAUUACAGGCAAAUGCAGCUGAUGUCUUUAAGUUCACCGAUUCUGUGUUCAAGGAUUAUCAAACACUUUCAAACUUGGUAAUGAUACAAGGAGGAACCAUUGAAUUAUAAGAAAUCUUACAUUUCAAGAUUCAUCUGGAAAUGCAUACAACUCUUUCAGUAUUCCUUACUGUAACAUCUGCAUAAUGUCAGGAAUUCACGUCAAGAAUUAUACAGGGAGUGGGGCUCCUAUUGGAAAUAUGAUAAAUUUUGUGAACAACCCGGUUGAAAGAGGAACUUUCAAUAAUAUAUCAUUGACUGAUUCAGACUUGCUAAAGCAGAGUUUUAUAUCGUUCACAACCAAUGACCCUGUUCCUAAUCUGGAAUUCAGUGAGCUUACGUUCAGUAAUGUUCGCAAAUAUGCAACAGGUUCUUCUUUCAUUCAGAUUUCUAGUGUAAAACAGCUGGCUAUUAGCACUCUUAUAUUCAACAAUGUCUCUUCUUAUAAUUCUGUUGGUUCUGAUACUGCUUCUAUUGUUGUUACACAAGUCGAUCUGAACUUUACAGGGGAUAUUGAAAUAUCAGGAGUCCAAUAUCAGAACUCUUCUAUUACUCUUGUAUCAAUGCCUACCUUUGUAAAUACCCCACCAACAGCAAAGGCGAUUAACUUUAGGAAUAUGGAAUUUACCAACUGAGAGUUUUCCAGCCAGAGUUCAAUAAUCAAAACUGAGGGAAUAGAGUACAAUCUUGACUUAUCUCUCAAUUUUGAUAAUCUCUCUUUCAGUGGGAUUUUGUUCAGUAGCAGAGGUAAUUUACUGGAUCUUGAUCAGCAACUUCCAACUAACCUCACAAUAUCCAACUCGAGGUUCUCAAAUAUCCAGAAGGGAAUCAUCAACAUUGCUUCCUCAAACAUAGAGAACACUGCUCUGCUUACGAAUGUUUAUCUCAAAAAUAUAACUGCAAGUCAAAUCCAGCAAAAUGAAGCAUCAUUUUUUAAUGUUUUACAAGGAGGAAGAGUUUAUAUUUCAGACUCAAGCUUCAGAGACAUGUUCACUUAUCAGGAUGGAGGUGUACUUACUGGAGGAUCAAGAAGUACUAUUACAACGAUCCAUAACUCCACAUUUGAGAACAAUUAUGCACUCAAUGGAGGAGUCUUCAAUGUGAAGGAGCAAAGCAUCAUUAAGAUAUAUUCUUGAAAUAUCACAGACAACUUCGCAAUUACAAGUGGUGUGAUAAAUGUUGUAUCUAAUGGCCAAUUUGAAAUCUAUGAUAGUUAUAUUCACAACAACUAUGCCAAUGUCAAUCCUGUUUCACAAUUAUUGGAUACAGCUAAGGUGUCGUUGAUCUCAAAUGCCAAAAUAUACUCAAAUAAUGUAUUUUCAAAGGCAAAUCUCACUUCAGAAUUUGAUUCCUGCUCUCUCUUGUGUUUUAUAAAUCAGAACUUUAUUGAUUAUUCAAAUACAAACUUUCAAGCUGAAAUAUCCGAAGUGCCUAAUGAAUAUCAAUUCCAGCUCAUAUUUGCAUCAUUAUCAAUAACAGCAGGCUCAGAGGUUUUGAACGAACCAUUAGUGGUUGAUUCAUUUGUAUCCACACUUGAAGUAUCUGAUAUCGUGAUUAAAAACUUCACAACCGGAGGUGUUACUAUAAGAGGAGUUUCCUCAACCAUGACAUUAAAUAAUUUGACUGUUCAAGAUUUUACAAUGAACAAUCAAUCAGACUAUAUCUUUGAUGCAUUAGAUAGCACAGUCUCGAUUACGAACUCAACUUCUAUAAUGUUUAGAAUCAGAAGCUCAGCUGCUACUAUUCAGGGACUUACGUAUGAAACAAUAAGUAAUGCUGAAGAACUUGGGAUCAUCUCAGAAUGAUACAAUAGCUCUAUCUCUAAGCUUAUAUCUACACUUUCUGAAGUGUCAGAAAAGAAUUUGUUCAGAAUAGAGUCAUCCCAGAACAUCACCUUGUCAGAUGUCCAGUUUGAAAACACACAGUAUAGUGGGCUUCAAAUUUUAAGCUCUAACAUAACAUCAAUUACGAAUAUGAAGCUGAAGAACUGUACAGAAGGACUUUACAUUGAGUCAAGCACUGUUGAGUCAAUUAAUAACUCUAUAUUGGAAAGUAAUGGAGGAGCAUCUAAAGUUAAUGGAGGUGCCAUUUACAUAGUCAACUCUGAUGUGACUUUGAGCAACAAUACAUUUAUGAAUAACACUGCAAGUGAUGGAGGAGCAAUCUCGUUUACAUGUUCAUCGAUGACUCUGUGUAAUCUGAACAUUCCAGACUCAAAAUUUGAGAGCAAUAAUGCUACAAGGAAAGGAGGAGCAAUUUACUACAACUACAAAAGACCUACUUUUGGACAAAACAUUGAGUACUCCAGUAACUCCGCUCAGUACGGUCAAAAUAUAGCAAGCUAUGCUGUUAAAAUUAUUUUCAACGAUACAUUCUCUAACCAAAUGAAGAUUGAUAACCUUGGGCCCGGAAUUGCAUAUGAUGAAAUUCUUAGAUUUGCAAUGGAAGAUUAUGACAACCAAAUAAUGGUUCUGGACAGUCUUAACCAAGUUUCUAUAGUUUCAAAUAACUCCACUGUUGCUGAAGUCAAAGGAUUCAAUACUCAACCUCUUGUACACGGAGUGGCAAGCUUUGAUAACUUUGUUGUUAACUCUGAUCCGGGGCAAAUAGGAGUCACUUUGACAGCAACUUCAAAAGCUAUUGAUAAGUCACUGAUUAGUACAGUGUUUGGAAAUCAAAUCAGCAACAACACUAUUGAAGUUGGCUUCAGGUUCUGUCAGCCUGGAGAACAAAUUCUAAAUAAUUUAUGAACAACAUGAGCUGCUGGAACUUACUCACUAAUUUGGAACAGCACUCAGUGCCAUCAGUGCAUGGACGAUGUAGUUUGUGCUGGAGGUAAGGAGAUCAAUGUGAACCCUGGCUACUGGAGAGCAUCAUCCAACUCAACCACAAUCAUUGAAUGUAUCAAUAAAGAAGCCUGAGAUGGUGGCUAUGUAGAAUCAAUGGAGAACCCUACAAACUGAGCAACAGGCUACGAAGGCAAUCUUUGCACCAAGUGAAGUGUCAAUGGAAAUGAUAAGUAUCAGGCUGUUGGAAACUUUGUAUGACAGAAAUGACCAAACCCUAUCCUCAACGCAAUGAGAGUAUUAUUUGUUGGAAUGGCUGUAUUUGCAUACUUUAUGGUAAUUAUCAUUGUCAAUGUAAGAAAAACCAGUGAAAGUCAGAUAUCUAUAUUACUAAGAAUUCUGACCAAUUAUGUCCAAAUCCUCACUUUGAGCAUCUCGUUCAGUACCAAAUAUCCAGGAACUUUGAGUGAUAUUUUGAUUCCUGCAGAAACUGUUGGAAACUCAUCAGAAGCCUUUAUGUCAUUUGACUGAUUUGUGAUGGAUUCUGAAAUUAAAGGCCCAUUUCCCUCAUCAAUCUUCUUGAAAUUGUUCCUGAUCAUAUGGCUUCCACUUGCAAUAUUCCUAUGAGUUGCAUUGAUAUGGGUAAUAGUUUACUACACAAAAAGAAGAUGGGUACUCAACAUCACACGAAAUCUCAUUAUUUCAUUUAUCAGUAUAUUGUUCCUUCUGCACCCAAAGCUUGCUCAAGAAAGCAUCAAUCUCUUCAGAUGAGUCCAGAUCGACGAAGGAGUUUUAAAAGCAAGAAUAGAUACAGAUAUCGGAUGCUAUUCGUCUGAGCACUUGAAAUGGUGAAUGAUCCUCGGUCUUCCAAUCUUCAUCAUCUGGGUCAUUUCAGUGCCUUUAUUUGCACUUAUAGUUAUGUAUAAAAAGGUUUACAAGGCAGGAGAGGAUAACAAGCUUGGACAAUACUUCUUGAUACUUUAUCAAGGUUUAAAUACUAAGCAGUUUUAUUGGGAAUUUGUUAAUAGUUCAAGAAAGAUAUUAAUCUUGUUAUCCUUCCUUCUUCCAGAUUACUCUAAGAUCCUAUUCUCUUGUUUGGUACUGUUGAUAACCUGGAGAAUCCAGACAUUCCUACAGCCAUACAAAUACAGACUAAACAAUGAAGUUGAAAUUUUUGGAGUAAACAUAGGAAUUAUCACUCUCUGCUGAGGAAUGAUUUUUAAUCAUAAAGACACUUUAAAAUCCAUCAACAACGUUCUUCUAGUAGCUAUGAUCGCGUUCAACCUUAUCUUUAUCUUAAAAUGGACUCAUCUCUUAUUCGACAAUCUGGGCACAAAGUACAGUUUCUUCAAGAAGGUAAGAACCCAAUCCUCACUAAAUAGGCUGGUGAGAUUCUUUAUUAUAUCACUUUCCAGAGACCAGAAGGUACGAACUUCUUUAUACCUAUUAGGCUGUCAUCCCACUCUUCAAACUGAUAAACAAGAGUCUUGUCCUGAAGCUACGAAAAGGAAAAGACCAAAAAGACCUAAAAGAUCACAAAGACCCACCAAAAAACGCAAGUAUAAGACCAAUAAAGCUCUCCCUAAAAAGAGCCAUCCUGGUUUUCAAGAGAACGAUGCAGAAAUAAUUUUCAUGGAAGACCAGACGAGUAAAAGAUUAGUCCAAGAAGACCAUCUUGAGGAGGAUCUAGUGGACCGAAAGCACCAGAAAUUAUUUUUGUCAAGACUUGAAAAUUUACACGCUCUUGAGAAGGGCCAUUUCAAAAGAACAAGACAAUUAGAGAGUAUAAUAGAAAAAGAUAGUGAUUCAGUAGAGAAGAUAAUGAAUCACCCUGAAUCUGAUGGAGUACGCAGCUCAAGUAUCCAUGUCCUUAACCCCAUAGUUGAAGAAGCAAAGAUUGGCGAUCCUUAUAUUUUAUUCCAGCCUAACAUGUCUCCUGCAUAUUCCAAGAAUGGAAAGAAUAUAGAUGUUUCAAGGAGAGUCUCUAGGCAUGUCAACCAAGUCCAGAGCCUUCAAGACCCGAGGAAGGAAAUGACAAGUUUUGGUACAAAAAAGCAUAUUUUAAAGGGAUAUUUUAAGAAAGACAUAUAG